AUAUUAGAGGUACAAAAAACGUCUUUCUUGUAGGUAUAACAUUAUUAAGGUGACUAUACGUCCCACUUUCGGACUGUGUCCUACUGUUCCUGACAAAAGCCUGGCGACAUAAAAAUGUCCCUCUUUUCGGUCGUGGUGUCUCCAAGAAAAAGCAUGCAACCCCCCCUCUCCUCCCCCGCUCUUCAAACUUCUAAUCCUCGGCCAUCAAUGCAAAAAAUGAAGUGCGUUUACACAUUGUGAUUAAAUUUUAUUAUUGUAAACAAAAAUAGCAAAAUGUGUGCCUUUUGUGGUAGGUAUUAGACCCCGAUAUGGAAG